AUGACCAAGGGAACUUCCAGUUUCGGAAAGCGUCACAACAAGACGCACACUUUGUGCAGACGUUGCGGUCGCAGAUCUCUCCACAUCCAAAAGCACACCUGUUCAGGAUGCGGUUACCCAGCAGCCAAGACCCGUCAAUAUAACUGGGGUGAGAAGGCCAAGAGAAGAAAGACCACCGGUACCGGUCGCAUGCGUCACAUGAAGGAAGUUCCAAGAAGAUUCAAGAAUGGAUUCCAAACCGGUGUACCAAAGGGAGCUAGAGGACCAGCCACCAAAUCCGAGUAAAUGUUUACAACAAUUCGGUUUGCUUGCGUGGGAUGGAUUCAAUAGCGUCGAAAGGGUUGGCGAAUGAAUGGCUUUUUUGAUCUGCUAGAGAACUGGGAAUGAAAGCUACAUUUAUUGAGAAAUCUUUUUUUAAUGAGUGUAUGCGAAGUUCGACAAAAAACUCGGGUCGCAUGAAUGUCUUCGUGGAUCGUAUGAGGGUAUGAAGUGGGUUGGGUGCAUGCCAAUUUUUUUUAAAGACAUGACAUUACAUGACAUGUUCUCUAGCAAAAAUUCCAUCGUUU